AACCAGGUCACCAGAAUGGGUCAUCUUCGCCAUGAGUGAUAUUUUCAGUGAUUUGAAUAUGAAACAGCUACGUUUUCAAUAAGACCGUAAAAAUUGCCGGAACUUCCAAGACGCUGUGUGGGGGCGAAGGAGCAGCCCAGCGGUGGAAUAACAAAAUCAGGAGUUUCAGAAGGAUGUUGAAAUCUAAAAGUUUCGUCAAGAAGACGCGCUCGGGCGGGGUGCUGAAGGUGGUGAGGGAGCAUUACCUGCGGGACGACAUUUUGUGCGGCUGGGGUCCGUGUGAGGAGUGCGGCGGCCGGGGGCCGGGAUCCGGAUCGGACCCGGGUCAGGGUCAGGGUCAGGGACAGGGACAGGGACACGGCGGCCUCACCGACCAGCCCCACACCUCCAGCCAGCUCUGCCCGGAGCCUCACUAUGUGCUGCCCGACACCAACGUGGUGCUUCACCAGAUUGAUAUCCUUGAAGAUCCAGUGAUCCAGAAUGUGGUGAUCCUGCAGACAGUGCUGCAGGAGGUCAGACAUCGAAGUGCUCCUGUAUACAAAAGAAUUAAGGAUGUGAUUAACAACCCAGAAAAACAUUUUUACACUUUUACAAACGAACAUCACAAAGAUACCUAUAUAGAGCAAGAACAAGGUGAAAGUGCAAACGACAGAAAUGACCGAGCAAUACGGAUCGCGGUGAAGUGGUACAAUGAACAUUUAAAAAAAAGCAAAACUUUGCAACUUCAGGUUAUCUUAAUAACAAAUGACAGAAAAAACAAAGAGCGUGCUGUGGAAGAUGGCCUUGUGGCAUUUACAUGUGAUGAAUAUAUCAAGAGUUUAGUUGGAAAUCCUGAACUAGUUGAUCGGCUAGCUUGUAUUUCAGAUGCAUCUAAUGAAGUAGAGAGUGGUAGGCUGAUCUUCACAGAACAUCUGCCUCUGUCCAGAAUACAUCAAGGUAUAAAAUCUAAUCGUUACUUCCAAGGGACCUUUCGAGCCAACAGGGACAACUAUCUGGAAGCCACAGUCUGGAUCCAUGGAGAGGACGGAGAAAACAAAGAGAUCCUUGUACGAGGGCUGAAGAAUCUCAAUCGAGCUAUACACGAAGAUGUGGUGGCAGUGGAAUUGCUUCCCAAAGGGAAGUGGGUGGCACCAUCGGCUGUUGUACUUCAAGAUGAAGGUCAGGUUGAGGCUGAUGAAGAGGAUGAAAAAGAAGGCUUUCUGAAGAAUAUUACAGCCAAAACAUUUUCAAAGCCAAGUGGUAAAGUAAUUGGGAUAAUUAAAAGGAACUGGAGGUCCUACUGUGGCAUGAUUUCAAAGUCGCAAAUUAAAGAGUCAACAAGACACUUGUUCACACCAGCAGACCGCAGGAUUCCAAGAAUUCGAAUAGAAACGCGACAGUCCUCUGCACUUGAGAACCAGAGAAUAAUUGUUGUAAUUGAUGGUUGGCCCAGAAAUUCUCGCUAUCCCAAUGGCCACUUUGUCAGAAGUCUUGGAAAUGCUGGAGAUAAAGAAACAGAAACUGAAGUUCUUCUGCUGGAGCACGACGUCCCUCAUCAGCCUUUCUCACAGGCUGUUCUUAGUUUUCUGCCCAAGAUGCCAUGGAUAAUCACAGAACAGGACUUGAAAAAGAGGAUGGACCUAAGACAUCUCUAUAUCUGCAGUGUGGACCCUCCUGGAUGUACCGAUAUUGAUGAUGCUCUGCAUUGUCGAGAGUUAGAAAAUGGAAAUCUGGAGGUUGGAGUACAUAUAGCUGAUGUAAGCCAUUUCAUCCGACCUGGUAAUGCCCUAGAUCAGGAGUCAGCAAAUCGAGGGACCACAGUAUAUCUUUGCGACAAGAGAAUUGACAUGGUUCCAGAACUACUCAGCUCUAAUCUUUGCUCCUUAAGAUCCAACGUGGAAAGGUUUGCAUUUUCUUGCAUUUGGGAAAUGACACACAAUGCUGAAAUCCUACAUACUAUGUUUACAAAAAGUAUUAUUAACUCUAAGGCAUCACUCACAUAUGCUGAAGCACAGAUGAGAAUCGAUGAUGAGAACAUGAAUGAUGAGGUUACAUUAGGACUUCGCAGUCUAAAUAAGCUGGCAAAGAUUCUGAAAAGGAAGAGGAUUGACAUUGGUGCUCUAACACUGUCUUCUCCUGAAGUGCGGUUUCACAUAGACAGCGAGACCCAUGAUCCUAUCGAUCUGCAAACCAAAGAAUUAAAAGAAACUAAUUCAAUGGUAGAAGAGUUCAUGUUGCUGGCCAACAUCUCGGUUGCACAGAAAAUUUACGAAGAGUUUUCAGAGUGUGCACUCCUCAGAAAGCAUCCAGCGCCUCCACCAUCAAACUAUGACAUCCUUGUCAAAGCAGCAAAAUCCAAGAACUUAGAGAUUCGGACUGAUUCAGCCAAAGCCCUGGCAGACUCUCUGGAUAAAGCUGAAGUUCCUGACUCCCCAUAUUUGAAUACACUCUUUCGAAUCCUGACAACACGUUGUAUGAUGCAGGCUGUCUACUUUUGCUCAGGAAUGGAUACUGAUUUUCAUCACUUUGGCCUGGCUUCACCUAUCUAUACUCAUUUCACAUCACCAAUCAGAAGAUAUUCUGAUGUAAUAGUACAUCGUUUGUUGGCUGUGGCAAUCAAUGCUGAUGUUACCUACCCGGAUAUCAUGGACAAGCACAAACAACAGGCUCUGUGUAAUAACCUCAAUUAUCGUCACAAAAUGGCACAGUAUUCCCAACGGGCUUCUGUGGCAUUUCAUACUCAGUUAUUCUUUAAAAACAAAGGAAUUGUUGAUGAAGUUGGUUAUAUUCUGUUUGUGAAAAAGAAUGCCAUUGUGGUGCUUAUUCCGAAGUUUGGUUUGGAGGGCACUGUCUUAUUUGAAGAGAAAGGCAAACAAUCCCCAAAACUGCACUACAAUGAAGAGAUCCCAUCAUUAACAGUAGAAAGCACAGUGUUCAACAUGUUUGACAAGGUAACCGUGACAAUCAUGUUGGAUGCAACAAAUGUCCAGCACCAGAAGAUUAGAAUGGCACUGGUUGAGCCAGUGAUUCCUGGAGUCAGUGUUCCAAGAAAUUCAUCGCUGAAAAAUAGCACUAUUGAAGAACCUGAGGUGAAGAAAACUAAGCUAAGCUAGAAAAAUUCCACUGUGUUUGGCUAUCACUCUGGCUAGUAUUUGUUCUAGCUCAUUUAAUGUAAAAUGCCUGUUUUAAGCAGAGAGAACGAUACAUGUGUAAUAAGGAAAAUCAUUUGUGAUUUACACUUUUUAUAAUAGAAAAUGCCAUCUUUUUUGAAUAAAAUGUUGAAUAUUUUA